ACGACGAAAGAAGUAUGGAACUGAUGGAACUUCAAAUGUAAUCAGGGUUCAGGAAAAUGGAACGAGGGGUAGUUCAGAGCAUCAUGUGAAUCAUAUUUGAUGAAUGAAAGAAGGAAUAUUUUUUGUCACCUUUGAGGAAUGAGAGACUUUGCUAAACUAUGCAAAUGCAGUAGAUAAGACCAUCAGGGUGGACUUUUUGACAGACAGCUGCUGCCCCAGUCCUCACCUUAUCAUGGUUCCAAGAUAAGCUUUGCGUAUGGUUUCGUUGGCUGGACCUGGUAAGUUUCCUGCCCAUGCCUCCCAUGUCGCUCCAUCGCCAUGGAAGACAGCGGGAUCGACAGCGAUCCAAAACCUCUUCAGGAUGAGAGGUUAGGAUGUGGAGUGCCCAUUCCCUCCUUCCAGACAAGUGACAGCUCCUGCAGCAGUACAUCUGUUCCUAGUCCCCAGAAAACAAAUCUAAAACAGCUUCAUCGGAAAUUAGAAAGGCGUAUAGAACAAGCAAAGAAAGUGCAACGCCUUCAGGAGUAUAAAAAGGGUUCUAGCCUAAUCCCAAUUCAACGCCUCUCAAUACCUAGUAAAUCUCCGGCUCCCCCAACCAGUAAAGAACAUCAUCCUCUGGUAGACUGGGAUUCAGAGGAUAGUGAAGAAGAUAUUAAUUUUUUCCCUGUGAAGAUGCGGGAUGGUCGACAAGAAUUAUCAGACACUUUCAGUAUUGAAAACUUGCCUUUGUCUGGAGGUGAGGAGGAUGAGGAUGAUCUUGACCUGCUACCACCUCAGAAGACACCUCGUAAAUGGGGAUGCUGUGGUCUAUCAGCUUGUUCAAUUUUAUGAGGUGCUAUCCUGAGCUACCCCAUAAAUCAAUUUCGUCAAUAAGCUGUUUAGAAAGCUUAUACAAAAUUUGUGUUGUGAUUCAAAUCCAACAAAAUAUUUUUUCUUCCAUGCUGAUUUUUUAGUAUAUUUAAGAACUACUUUGGAUAGUUUGAAAUAUCUUGUGCCAUAUAAUUUAUGCUUACAUGGGAAAAUUGUAUAUGAAUUAUUUGAAUUUAGAUGGCUUAGAAAACCAUAGUGGGCAAAAUUAGCCUACUAAACGUUUUUAUGUAUGGUAUGUGUCUUGGAAUUAAGCUUUGAUCAGAUUUUUAAGAUAAGCUUACUAUUUAAGGUUGUGGCUGAGUACAUUUCUCUUUGUACCUAUGAGCCACCAGUAGAUAAGAAGGAAAAUGGAGGAAAAUCUAAACCAAGUUGUUCCUUCCACAUCUUAUGACUGGUUAGAUCAAUGUGGUCAUGAUGAAAAUGGAGGUAACAAUCAAGUUGUUCCAGUCACAGUCAUUGUGCCUUCGCCCUCCAGCACAUCAGUGGCAUCAUCAAUUGAACCAUUUGUUGCAGCUGCUCCAGAUGAGCAUGUAAUGGGUUCAGCUAAUGUGGUUACUGAUAAUGGUUUAUUACCUUUGCAAAGAGUUGGUAAAUAUGCACAGAAAUCAGUCAAAAUGCUAGGUGUUGAGGAAAGUCUGAAAGCCUUAUCUUUAGACGGUAUACAGGUGGUACCGUCAGCGAAAUCUCCUUUAAUGGAGACAUUAGCCAUGAAUGUAGAACUGAAAACGGGUACAAGUACAAGAAAGUUUUUUAGAUCAACUUCAAAAACAACUGUACCUAAUGCUUAAACAAUUGUUUUACUUUUGGUCUUUCUUAAAUCAGCACAGAACGUAGCUCAGAACAUGCUCUCAUUAGUUUACGCCUAAGGAAAAGGUGGAUUUUCCAGGGAAGGAAAGAGUUAGCUUAGAACUUCUGUUUACCGUCCAGUAUGCAUUCCCAUUCCUUUUGUGACUGUUAUCACAGAUAAAAGAUAUUGAAGAAUUUUACACCUGUCUUUUUGCCACUUUGCUCAUGUCAGAUCUCUUGCUUACUAGCCUAGUCAAUGAUGCCAAAUGUUUUCUUUUUUACUAUGUUGCCUCUAAACAUAUCUGUUCUUCUUUCAUGUGUGUAGUAGUGUGUAGUAUACAUAAUAUAUUCAUUUAUACAUUAAGUUUUUUUUUUUAAUUUUGAACUAUUUAUACAUUAUGUUGACAUAUUGUCAGUGAACAAGUUACACAAUUUUUACAAGUAUCUUGUAUUUGUUAAUUGGUCCACAAUGUUGUGAUUUGCUAAUAAAAAGAAACAAUCUCA